UGCAGGCGUCUUCCUGAUCCCCUACCUGUUGAUCGUCUUCGUCGGAGGAAUCCCGAUCUUCUUCCUGGAGAUCGCUCUGGGACAGUUCAUGAAGGCCGGCAGCAUCAACGUCUGGAACAUCGCUCCACUCUUUAAAGGUGUUGGUUAUGCCUCAUGGUCCAUUGUUUUCUGUAACACCUACUACAUCAUGGUGCUGGCCUGGGGCUUCUACUACCUUAUCAAGUCUUUCAACGCCACCCUCCCCUGGUCCACCUGUGACAACGAAUGGAACACACCCAGCUGCAUGGAGUUCUUCCACCACCAGGACUGCAACAACGGCAGCCUCGCCAACACUACCAUUAGCGGCAACAUGACCUGUGCUGAUCUGGCAAACGCACGAUCACCCAUCAUCGAGUUCUGGGAGAACAAGGUGCUGAACAUCUCUUCUGGUCUGGAAGAAAUGGGAGAGUUUAACUGGGAGCUCAUUCUGUGUCUGAUGGCUGUCUGGGUCAUGGUUUACUUCUGCGUCUGGAAGGGAGUCAAAUCCACUGGGAAGAUUGUGUACUUCACAGCGACCUUCCCCUACGUGGUCCUCAUCAUCCUGCUGGUCAGAGGAGUCACACUUCCUGGAGCCUACGACGGCAUCAUGUACUACAUCAAACCUGAUUGGUCCAAACUGGGGGAAGCUCAGGUGUGGAUCGACGCCGGCACGCAGAUCUUCUUCUCCUACGCCAUCGGGCUGGGAGCUCUGACCGCUCUGGGCAGCUACAACCGCUUCAACAACGACUGCUACAAAGACGCCUUUGUCUUGGCUCUAAUAAACAGCGGGACCAGUUUCUUUGCUGGUUUCGUUGUAUUUUCUAUUCUGGGCUUCAUGGCUGCAGAGCAGGGCGUCGACAUCUCACAGGUUGCUGAGUCAGGUCCAGGUCUGGCCUUUAUUGCAUAUCCAAUGGCGGUCAGUUUGAUGCCGGUGGCUCCUCUCUGGGCGGCACUCUUCUUCUUCAUGCUGCUGCUGCUGGGACUGGACAGUCAGUUUGUCGGGGUCGAGGGUUUUGUGACUGGAAUUCUGGAUCUGUUUCCUGGAAAUAACCACCAUCGCUACAAAAGGGAGAUCGCGGUGGCAAUAUGCUGUUUACUGUGCUUCAUUAUUGACCUCUCCAUGGUGACACAGGGAGGGAUGUACGUCUUCCAAUUGUUUGACUACUAUUCGGCCAGUGGAAUGACUCUGUUGUGGCAAGCAUUCUGGGAAUGCAUAGUAGUUGCCUGGGUCUACGGUGCUGACCGCUUCAUGGAUGAUGUAGCUCGUAUGAUUGGCUACCGGCCAUUCCCCUGGAUGAAGUGGUGCUGGUCCUUUAUAACUCCAUGUGUCUGCAUGGGAAUCUUCCUGUUCCACCUGGUGAACUACAAACCGCUGACCUACAACAACGUGUACGUGUACCCAUGGUGGGGCGAGGUGAUCGGCUGGUGUAUGGCUCUGUCCUCCAUGCUCUGCAUCCCCGUCAGCCUUCUGUACAAACUCUUCAGAGCCAAGGGAACCUUCAAAGAGCGCUGGGCCCACCUGACCAAUCCAGUGUGGGGGGUCCAUCACCUGGAGUACAUGGCCCCUGACAUCAAGUCCCUAACCUCGCUGUCCCCUGGCACUGACGACAACAAGGUCAUCAUCUUUGAGAGCGUCAUGUAGGCGGGACUCCACUGAUCACAGCAUCUUCAUCUCCACCCGUCCCACCUAUGACAAGAUGGCCGACACCUCACCACCACACACCCAACCUUCAUAUUUACCUCCACCCGGUACCAGACCUCAGAACGGACUCUAGAAAUGAUCAAUCAGCCAGCUUCCUCAGAUCCAUCCAUUGUUUGUCUCCUCGGAUUAACCGUGCAUCCACUGAUCUCCUCAGCUCCUCCGAACGCCACCAGGCAGACCAAAGCUACGAAGAUUUUUCACAUCUGCAAAGGACUGAAGGAAUCAGAUAGUGAGGCAGCCCCUCCAGGAGUGGUUUUAUAAUUAUGGCAACAACAAAAUGCUUCCUUUUUUUCCAGAUUCUGACAAAAAUUUGUGAUUAAAACCAGCAGAGUUCUUUAACCGCAAAGGGCUUCGAUUCCUCUGGUUCUCAUAAAGAAAAUGUAAAUAUGAAUUCUCCUUGACUAUUUAAAGGAUGAAAUGCAGAAAUUUUUCACACUAGUCAAACCCUGGAGGGGCGGAAGAAAGCUGGAGAGAUGUUCUUCCUGAUGGAGUCUCACUGUGUUCAAAAACAAAGACGCUGCUGGACGUCAAGCUUCCUCCAACUUGGACGAAGGGUAUCAAUGCAAUCUUGUCUUGUGGUGGGCGAAUUGGACACGCAAACAUACACAGACCCGAUAGACCGCCAUUACGCACGCACUGCCUGUGAUUAUCUCAUCAUCAUACAGCACUGGGACUGUCGCUUGCUGCUCAAGCUUUUUCUUUUAGCUGCAAUUUUGUGAUAUUUGAGCUCAGAGUUUAAACCUGUAGGUAAAAAUGUAAACUUUAAGACACUUUAAUGGGCUGUGUGUGUGUAAUGGCUGUUUAUUAAGACAGAGUUGUAGACAGACAGACUGACCCCCCAGAAAAUUACCAGAGGUCAUUUGCUUAAACAGGGUUUAAAAAUAGCCAAAGAUGGUCUUCUACUUCUUCAGUCCUUUGGUCAAAUGUAAGAAAAGAAGCAAGGUGGCGUCCCAGGGUUCAGUUCCUGGAAUUAGUAACUUCAGUUUAGUCAUCAAGACACUUGAGAGGGUGUCCGAGUUCUGUUCUGUAUCACCACGUGACCAACUUAAGAGUUUGGCCCCAGGACUGAAGUGUAAAAAAAGUUUGUGCUAUAGAACAACCAGCGGUCAACGAAUGCAUGCUGCCAGGAGGCCGAACUGACCUCUGAACGUAUCGUCAGGCUCUCCCGGUUCUGCUUUGGUCUCAAGUUGAACAAGCUUUGACUCUUGUCUUUUCAGCUUGUUUGUGAGCACUUUAUGUGACACUUGGAUUGUUAUUGAUCUGAAGUGUAAAACCUGUAGUCGGUAUCAAACAGAAACCGGAUGUUUCGACAUAUCAGCACAGCUCGUUUCUGUCCUCGUUACUGUGAAUCACCAGCUCCUACUACUGAUCCUAGAACAGUCCAGACUCCUGAGCAGCAUGUGGUUCUUCGACCCACUGACCUCCGAUCUGUUUUCGACAGUCACACCGAGGCUUGAUUCACUCAGGCAGCAAUAGAUGUGAUGUUAGAAGGAAAGUUCCAGUGGGAAUUCAGUCGUUGUUCUUCUGUUUUUGUCCAUUCAUAGUGAAUAAAUACUUCUAUAUUAAUCACAACCAUAUUGCAUCCAGCUGACUGGGUAGUUUCAGUCUGUGAAAUCAAGGCCCGAUUUGACAAAGUUCAGAAUUAAACUGAACUCGAAACCACUCUACAAAAAAGGGAAAAGAUCAAAUUAAAAGCUGAAAACACACUGGAUCUGACCUUUAACCCCUCCAUGUUCUCUAUCUGACCUCCUUGUGAGGAGGUUCAGGUCUGUGUUAGAAUCAGGUCAAAGGUUGGGCUUCGUUCUGUGUCCCCAGGUCGACUUGAAGUGCCAAACGGAGCGAUAUACUCGCCCUGCAGGGCUGAUCCCAGACCAGGGCUCCAGGCUGCCAAUAUCAACCCGUUCACUCUUCUUCUUCUUCUCUGCCUCGUCUCAUCGGUCCCAUUAACGCUGAAGUCCUCCCUCCGAACAUCGCGCUCUCCUCAAACGAUGGUCAAUGCUGAUUGGUUUAAUCACGUUCACGUUCUCAGUUUUAGGCCUGAAUAUUUUGUGCCAGAAAUUUUAUCCAGAAACUGAAUUACAGCUGACCCUUUCUAAGUCCCGCCCCUUUUUGCUCUGUCAUCCAAUAAUAGUUGAGCUAGCCUCGGUCAAUUUCCUCCUGAACAGACACAUUCAGAAGAUGGUUAAAAGAUAAAAGAGACAUAUAUAUAGUCACAUCUUAAGUUAGCUAAUGUUAGCAAAAUGCUAGCUAAUCUACAUCAAUCGUUAGCAAGCUAGUUGGCUAUUAAUAAUUAGCUAGCUAGUUACAUCUAAUGUUAGUAAAACUAAUUAGCUAGCUAAUGCUGAUGUAGAUUGGGUCAACUGGACAGUAAAACAAUAAUAACUGGUUUCCUAGGUUGAACAAUAAUAAUAAUAAUAAUAAUGAUAAUUACAGAUUAAGGAGGCUAUCUUAAUGAAACUAAUCUUACACUGAAUAACUGACCCUAAAACUUGGACCUACAGGUGGAUCCAUUUAUAGACCAAUUUGUGUGAAGUACAAAGAAACGCAUCGGUAACCCUGAUACUGAAAUGCAAUAAAUCAUUUUAAAGAUUUAUUUUAAUCUAAACUCUCAAAUCUAGAUAUUGAAAUCAGCCUGAAAAAUCCAGUAUUGGUUGGGCCUCACGCCUCACACCUUAGUCCAGAAGCACCAACAGAGCUUCACUGGGUUACUGGAUCUUUUUAAGGUUAACUUUACGUUUUCCUUGGUGGGCAAAAACUAAAACUUGAAGGUGGGUCAAAAGCAAACAUUAUUGUAUGGUAUUAUAAGAUGGAUCCCAAGUUCCCUUAAUUGACUUCCUGCGCAAAGUGUCCGUCAAAUUAUGAAAAAUGAUUUCAUAAUUAGAGAUCAAACAUAUUUAAGGAGGAUUUUUACUUCACAAAAAAAUUAAAUUUAAAUAUAUUAUAAUAUAUAUAAUAUUUAUAUUAUGAUUCUUUUUGCUCUCUGGCCAAAUCGAACGUUAAGGCUCUACAGUCGCUGUUAGUGUGCAGGCACCAGAUUUGUUAGCAGCCUGACUGAUUUUAAGAAAGCAUUGAAAUUACUUUAAGAGUGAAUUCGUAUUUUUAGCGGCAGUCAGAUGAGUCGGUGGAGAGAUGAGAGCCGGAGGACUCAGCUUGUUGCCAAGCGUUGCCUUACGUCGUUGUCUUAACUCUAGAGCCCGUACGGUUGACUAGCCAAACCCAGAGCCCUACAGGACGUCCUGUGUAGGGCUCUCUGUUUAAUAUCCCACAAGUCAGCGUUCUGUGGGGCAUGUCUACAACUCUGUCUCCUAGCAACCACUCACCAUCCACCUAUCACGGGGAAACAAUGAUUAGAAUGUAAAAUAUACUAAAACUACAUACAUUUGCACAUUGUUGUACAAUAAUGUUGCUAGCACUUUUAAAAAGACUCGUGUUAGAAAUCGUGUUUUGUUUUACAUAUUGUAAAAUGAAUCAGAGAUUUAUUUUGUGGAGGCUUUUAUUUUGCUGAUACAUACAGUAUGAAAGAUAUAUAUAUUGAAUAUGUGUGUUAUCUAUAUUUGAUGCAGUAUGUAAAUGUGAUGAUGAUUUCUGGCUGAUUGUUCACAUUUUGCCGUCAAACACGAGCAACGCGCCGCAUGAAGCUACCACCUCGAGCUUCAGGCUACCUCACUUCUCAUUCAGACUUUCGAAACAAACUUCUUUUAGCUUUUAAUGCAAACGUCUCAUCAGCGGCUGCCAGCAGGGGGGAUUAUGGGAAGUGUUUCUGGAAAUAUUUCCCUCCCCAGCCUGUUUAGUGUUGCAGCUUUAAAGGUUCUUCAACACCAAUGAAAAUAUAACAAACUGAAAAUCUGACAAUAAGAAACUGGCAAAAUUCUACAAAUUAAAACCAAAACUGUAAUGGAUUUGUGUGAGAGAGUAAAGUUUUUGUGGCUCUAUAUCGAUAAUGAUAAUGAAUUUAAAAUGUACUGACAUGCGUUGGUGCUGCGAGGCCUUUAAGUGGUGUUUGAACGGCUAAUGUGAACAAGCAGCGAGGGGUGGGGCUUUUAUUUUGGCGGAUUUGCUGCGAUGCAGUGAUGUUAAGGCUGUCGAGGCUUCGUGUGACUCUGAACACACUACGAAAGGGAAUCUUUUCUCUUUACUCUUUUGAUUUCUAAUUUUCAAAGUGCUGAAUAUUGACGAGUUUUAGCUUUAGAAGAUUUUAGAUUUUUUUUCUCUCUGUGUGAUUUAUUGAAUAUCAGUUUUUCCUUCAGACCCCCCCACGGCUCAGACACUCAAUAUUAUUUCAAAGCAGAAACAAAAAUAUGAUAGUGAAUUAAUUUCCACAUAUUCUACAUUCAGGCAGAUGGGUAUGUAUGUAUGGAUAUGUUUAAAAGUGAAGCUAAAAACAUUUUAGGACUGAAUAACUGCCGACUGCCAUUUUAAAUAAUGAGUGUGUGAUGAUGGCUGCUCUGUCUGAAAGUUUUUUAUUUUAAUUUUUUGGCCUUUUAUUGCCUUUAUUGUAUAGUGACAGCUGAAGAUAGAAAGAGGGGCAGAGAGAGAGGGGAUGAACCCGGGCCGCUGCAGCAACUCCGUACAUGGGUCGCCAGCUCUACCAACUGAGCUAACCGGGAGCCCUCUGUCUGAGAAGUUAAGUGGAGAAUAAACCGCUCACUACCAUCUGAACAGUAUGCAGUAGAACAGCUACCUCAAUAAGGUGAGUCUGUCCACCUGGACAGACACUACAGCAGAAGGAAAGAACUACAUAUCCCAGCAGCCAGUGGGAGCUUCCAGACACUAUCAAGGAGUAGCCAGUCAAUCCAGUCAGCCAUUCUGUCUCUUUAUAAUGUUUAUUUUAAAAGCGGCAAAAUAAAAACGGAAUUCGAGUAAUUAAAGAAAAAAAUGUGAGGAUGAAAACCGACCAAAAAACCAAACUCUCUGGUUUCAACAUGAAUCCAGGUUUCCAGCCAAAACCAUCAGCGCUCACCAAGAAGCACCAGACCAGCCAAAAGCUCCAAAAUAUUUCAACAUCACAGGACGGUUUCUGACGUUGUCGACAUACAAGUUGUGAUCCUGAAAACCUUUCUAAAAAAUCAGAUAAAUCUGACGCCUCACGUCAGCCGCAGUUGUUAAACGUAAUUAAACCCAAACUGAAUGAGUAAAGUUACACUUUUACAGUACUAUAUGAUCGAUUGCACCUAACGUCCUUUAUUAUAAAAAUGUAACUCUUUUCUGUCUUUGAAAUUUUGAAAAUUAACCUAAAGAUAGUUAAUUGGUUCCCCCAUGUCAAGGACCCCCCCCACAUUGAUUAGUUGCAGCUCUGCAGUGGAGCUGAUGCUGAUUGGCUGGUCUGGAGACUCUCAAACGAGCAGAUUUAAAGUGUUGGCAUGCAGAGAUUAUUACUACUGUUUAUCAAAACUAGUGAGAUUAGAGAUAGAAUGUUGUUGUAGAGGUCACAUGUGACUCAAGUGCCACUAAUAACUCUUAUUUCACUAAUAAAACUAACCUGAGGCAGUAUUUUAUAACAAACAAACGGACAUUAGAAACGUAGAAUUGUUUAUUUUUUAAAGCAAAGUCGUAUCAUUGUUUUUUUAAACGUCUCAUCUGUGGACGGGAGCCUGGGAGGGUCAGAGGGUGAAAAAAGUACAAAUCUACAGCCAUUGAAGGCAAAAGAAAAUAUGAAAAAACAACUUGAAAAAAUGAAAAUGUACAUUACCAAAAUCUGAUGUUGUUUCAUGUCAUUCUGUCUUUGUGCUCUUCGGCCAAAAAAAAAACAAAAACCUCUUGUUGUGACAGAAUCUUUGAUUCAGAACUGUAAACUGGAAAUUACAUUUAAUGAACAAUUCACAUUGUUCAGUCUGCAGGUAAAACUGUAAGAAUCUGAUCUCAAUUCUGUCCAACAAACUUCACCGUCGGACGGUUUCCUUCAGCAGAGAGCGCCUCUUUCCCAAAAACCAUCUGAAGUCUGAUUCUCCAAAACCUCCUGCUGUUCUCAGACCAGCACAGAGUGGUUUUCACUCACAACUGCUUUUUUUAAGUUUGGCCGUUUUGAAGUUUAUUUUAUUUUACUGUAGAUUAUUAUUUUUUUAAAUAUAAUGUCAAUGAUUUUUAUAGCCAAAACCAUUGCCAAAGUAUUUUUUAACCUCCAAAAAGUACAGAAGCUUAAAGGGAUCGUUUGUUUUUUUUGGUUUCUUGUGAUCAUGAGAAAAAUUAUUUCCUUUUCUUGACACAAUAGGUUGGUUUUAUUGGUCACUGGUGCUCCUGAAAAAGAAUCAAAGUCUUUCAUCAUAUAAAAAAAAACUUUCUUACCUUCAGAUUUUUUGGGAAGCUGAAGAGAGGUCAGGUGUGGCAGCAGUGGAACCAGCAGGGGGCGCUCUCCUCCAGUGGGAAACCCCAUCAUGUUUGGGCUGGAAACCAUGCACGCUAAAACAUACAGAGCCGAGGUUUGUGUUGAAAUAAGUGGAUGAAAAAUUAGGUGAUGAUAAAACAAAAACUCUCACAAGCAUCUCAUAAACUUUUUUUUUAGUUGACCUCUAUUUUUUCAGUGAUUCAUAGAGUGAAUCGUCUGAUGUUGUGCUCAUUGACGGGUGGUUACUCAGUUGGAAAAACAAUCGUCCAAUCAGAGUCAUCCUUCUAUUAGAGAGCCCAAAAAACAGCAACAAGAUAAACAGCUGAAACAUUUUUUUGCAAAUGUACGUAGAAAAUGUUUUCAGUACAAUAUAAUAUCUAAUAUAAAGUACAGUAUCAUCUGCAAACAUGUGUAGUCCACAGUCAGAAAUGGCAUUUCUUCUCUGAGUUAAAACUUAAAAAUUAGAAAAAAGACGCUUAAGUCUGGAAGUAAAAACCAUUUCACAUAACUGAAAAUAUAAAACUAGAUGAAUCUAUUCCAAAUUUUCAACAACUAAUAUCUCAUAAAGAGAUUCUGUAGAGAGUUUUUAUUUUUAUCAUUUCAUCUAUUUCCUGUCCAGGCUGUAUGAGUUUCCAGAAACACAAAUAAUUGACUUCAUAUCUUCUCUGACUUUGGUGCUGAAAAAAAGAUUUUUUCGAGUCGGUUUUAAAGUUCAGUCCCGUCUGUUUCCAGCCCAAACUGAGAUACAUGGCGACCUCAUUCAUCCCAGCGUCGGCCAUUUUAUUGUAACUAUGUGUCUCUGUGUGACUUCCUGUAAACCACAGUCUUCCAUCCAUAACUGUAGAUUAGACAAUCGAUUAGGUGAUAAGUAGCUUAAUAGCUGUUUUAACGGUAGUAACGACACUCGGGGCUCGAUGUUAACGAUUCACCAGCCAAAAACUCGAUGAUGAAAGAGUUAACUUUGUGUCCUGAUGAUGUCACCUGUGUUUCAUUGACUGCCAGGUUCUCCAUGCUGUAAGUCACUGUGAUCACUGUGCUCAUCCACCACCAACUAAACCAACGGCAAUAAAACUAACGUCAUGACAAACA